AUGCCCAGGAGCGGGCGGAGCCGGCAAGGCGCCGAAGCAGGGGGGCAGUGGCCACAGCAAAGCCAUGGCCGGAACGGGGAGGAGCGCUGGGCAAGGGAAGGUGGCGAAGGGGUGGCCGUGGCGGCAGCAGGGGGCGGCGCCGGAGUGGGGCGAGGGGAGCAGGGGGCGAGGCCACACGCGGGGCGCGGGCAUUCGACCAGGCCGCGGCUGCGGCAGCUUGAGCAGCAGCAACUAAGAGCAGGGAGGCGCGGCCCUAGCGGCAGAGCGGGCGCGGCCAUAGCGGCGGACGCGCGCUGGCCGAUGAGCAGGGGGCUCGCGCGGGCGCGGUGCAGCUGCAGGACAAGUGCGACGCGGCGGAGCAGUGCAGUAGCAGCAGCAGGUCGCGGGCAAGCGUGGCGCGCGGGAGACGGGCGCCUGGGCGCGGCCAUGUGCGGGCAGCAGCAGCGCCGGAGAGGCGAUGGACGGGCGCGCGCGAGGCCACGCGCGUGCGUGCUCGUGCACGGGACGAACCAGCGAGCGCGGUGA